CACUUGCUAAUUCCCUUGCGAUUAGCGUGAAGUCACCUGUCGAAAUUUAAUUUUUAGUCUGUCCUGUAAAACGGCGCUGCCUUGUCGGCGGCUCGCUUAAUCCUAUAACGCCACAUCUUUAUCUUCUUCGCUUCUAUGAUUAAAUCAUUUAUCUGGAUUCGUUCAUUUUUCAGUUCCGCCCGGGGUGCCCUCUGGAGAAGCCCGGCCUUCCCAUAAAUACCUGACAGCCCAUCUACUUCUGCUUCCUUCACUCCACUGAUCUCUGCGACUGAUUGCUCCUCUUCGUAAAUAGAUUUAAAGCCUGCGCGUGAUCCAUGUGCCGUUAUUGAGCGGUCUUUAUGACUGCUUCUACAGCAUCUUUGGACUCUUUUACGGCGAUGCUUUUAUUAUCUGCAACGCCUCGACUCGCCGGAUCUUAUUUCGGGGGAAGGAUUUCGGCGACUUGUGCGGGCGCCGCCGGUCCGUCCACAUCCCGACCUUACAUUCUGCCGUCAGAUCGUUGGCGAGGUGGGAGGUGUACGUGCGUGGGAUUUCCUUCAAGGUGGAGAUCGGUGGAGGGGUGGAGAAGGUCGGUUCUUGCGUCGGAUUUGGGAGCAGGUGGAGAGGUUGGCCACUCGAGGCCCCUAUUGAGAGCUCGAUGCGAGGAAGAGCUGCUUUCUUAUGUCAGAAAGGAAGUUGAAAAUGGAAGGCUUUCAUUGGAUAUAGCUCAUGGAUUGGAGGAACUCUAUCAUAACUACCGAAAUGCGGUUGUACAAAGUGGACUUCCAGAAGCAGAUGAAAUUGUACUAUCCAAUAUGACAGUUGCAUUUGAUCGAAUUCUUAUGGACGUAGAGAACCCUUUCAUGUUUCAACCUCAUCACAAAGCUACACGAGAGCCUUUCGAUUAUUACAUGUUUGGACAAAAUUAUAUUCGUCCUUUGCUGGAUUUCAAAAAAUCAUACGUUGGCAACAUUUCUCGUUUCUUUGAGAUGGAACAACAUCUUCUACAGGGUCAUAACAUAAUUUUGUUCUCUAACCAUCAAACGGAGGCAGAUCCAGCAAUAAUCGCCUUGCUGCUUGAAAGGACAAAUCCUCGAAUUGCUGAGUCAAUGAUUUUUGUAGCUGGGGAUAGAGUUGUUACUGAUCCACUUUGUAAGCCAUUCAGUAUGGGAAGAAACCUACUGUGUGUAUAUUCUAAGAAACACUUGUUUGAUGAUCCUGCAUUAGUUGAUCGGAAAACAAGUGCAAAUAUUCGAAGCCUUAAAGAAUUGAUAGGUCUUUUAAAGAAUGGAUCACAGAUUAUUUGGAUAGCACCAAGUGGUGGAAGGGAUCGGCCAGAUCCAGAAACUGAGGAAUUCUUUCCCGCUCCAUUUGAUGCAUCUUCAUUGGACAAUAUGAGAAGAUUGUCCGAGCAUUCUGGCGUUCCUGGACACUUUUAUCCCCUUGCACUGCUAUGUUAUGAUGUCAUGCCUCCACCAGCACAGGUGCAAAAGGAGAUUGGUGAGCAAAGAAAACUGUCACAUCAUGGUGUUGGCGUAUCUGUGGCCAUGGAAAUAAAUUUCAAUGAAGCAAAGGGAGCCUUUUCAUUGGCAGUGUACCAUGAAGUUACAGAGCAGUACAAUAUUCUCAAAUCUGCUAUAUAUGAACACCAAGGCUUACAUGCAUCGAACUUCAAGGUCUCGCUUUCACAACCAUGGGCACAGUAGUUUCUAACAGAGAUCCUGCUGGCU